CUACAAGGUGCCACCCUUUUCCACACCUCCUGCCUCCUCCUUAAGUGACUCAGCCUCUGAAGUAGAAGUCUCUUGACUUUUCAGGCGGCUGGAUGGAGAACAACAGUUUAGCUCUCUGUCUGCUUUGAUUGUACCUCACUUCCAGGUAUCUCCAGGUUGACUUAGCAUACUGAACCACACUAAGACAUUGACUUCUACCAUAUCUAGAUUCCCACAGAAGGACACCCCACUGAAGAAAAUGUCAGCCUUCAGCAUACGAAAGCAGUCUCCUAAUCAAAGCGAUAAGAAGAGCCCUUCUGUUGCAAUUAAAAGCAGACAGCAAGCUAAUCAUGAUGUUAACAAGCGACGGACCCUUUUGCAAGAUAACAGCUGGAUAAAGAAGAGACCUGAAGAAGAAAGUGCUGAUGAAAACUAUGGAAGGGCUGUGCUUAACCAAUACAAAUCCCAAGAUAGCCUACACAGUAGCGCAAAUGAAAAGGAAGAUCAGAAAACUGCACUUGGACGAUACAGAUCUGAUACUAACUUGGACAGAAUUCCAGGCAGUAGUGAUAUCGACAAAAUAAAUAAGUCUCCCACUCUGAAUAAUAAGCAAAACAAUAGACAAUCUUGGACUCCUAAUACAUCAUCCGCAAACACUCCUGCCACUUCUCCAAUCAAGAAAAAAAGACAAUCUUGGAUGCCUCCGCCAGUUUCAAGUAAUAAGACCAUGACAGAAGCAGUGGAACUCGAGCGGGCCACAUCAUCAGAAAAUUUGGAAGAUCCAACAAGUGCUGCUUUUUCAUCAGAACAAGUCACUUCUCAAAAAUCAAAGACUGAUGUGGAUGAUCAAGCUACAGCAAGGAAUCAAGACCCUGAUGACCUCAUCAAAGUGAAUCCACAGUCUUUCACAAGCAACAAGGAAGAUGAGGACCUUGGUGAUCAUAUGGAAGUGAAGUCUCCUGAUGACCAAAGUAGAAAAAGCCUAACUAAGCAAAUAUAUGAAAAUCCUCUAAGUGCUUCAAAUAAUGUCCCAGAAGUAACCUACCACAGUGACAGCAGAAGAAAGAGCAGAAAUUCAUCACGUCAUACUUAUGAUGAAAAUAUAACUGGAAAUACAAUCAAAACUGUUUACUCUACUUCUGAUCAGAGUAUAAUUGGGAAAGAUAUAUGUACAUACUGCAGGAAGCCUUUGGGCAUAGAGGCCAAAAUGAUCUUAGAUGCCUUGCAAAUUUGCUGUCAUUCAACUUGCUUCAAGUGUGAAGUAUGCAAAAGACCACUGGAAGAUCUGAAAGCAGGAGACAGUGUUUGGAUUUACAGACAAACUGUGCAUUGUGAGCCUUGCUACUCCAAAAUUAAGGAAAAAUGGAUCUACUAAUUUUGACAUACAGAAAGUAAGACAAAGAAGUUCCACUUGUGUUUAAAUAAGUGUAUUGACCUGUUACUUCAAACACUGAGGAACACAAUCAAUUUUUAUUUCUAGAAAUAAAUGCCCUACUGCAUGAUUCUCACAGGAAUGAAUUCCAUCAGGAUUGAGAUGCCUUUUCAUACACACAUUCCAGAAAGCAAAACAAGAUAUCUAUUGUUCAGUAUAUUCAUCAGAUCUGUGAAACUGCUAAACUGUAUGUAAAACUAAUGAUAAUUUAUUGAAAUGUUCUGAAUAGGACAUACUUCUGAGUAGGACAUACUUACACAUCAGUUCUGAAAGCCGUUUAUUCUUUUUAUUGCAACAAAUAAGAAACUGUUACCUUUGUCAAGCAUGAAAGGUAUUAAUCUCAUCUAUAACUAGCCAUCUAGAAGUCAAGUUAGUCAGUUUAAACUACUAGUUUCAUAUAGAGUGAGGUGGGUUCUUCUUCAUGCUUUGAAGACAGAUAUGAAUCUCCAGAGGAAGAUUCUUCCCAGAUAACUUAAAUGAUAAUUUUAAGAUAGAACAAGGAUACUUGGAGAAUACAUCUCUCUUUAUUAAUGGCAGAGGCAUUAUAAACAAAAAAACUGUUAGUUAUCACAGUAGUAUCCCACUCCAUGUCUUUAAUCCUGGUAACAAUUUUAUUACCAGUUGAAUUUUUUUUUAAGAAGUGCAUACUUCAUAGUUGCCAUGAAGUCACAGAAUACGUACUUUGCCAGACAUUAUGUUGUAUUUGUCUUUCUUACUCUAUUAAGCUGCCUGUCUAAAUAUCUGGGAUGGAUUAAUCUCUUCUAAAUGUAAACAUCUUUGGUGAGGAAGUAGAUAAUUUUAGGAAGUGGUUGGUCAGAUUGAAAGCAUCUAUUUUAUGAUGAGGUUAGCCAUGUUACGAACAGAUGUUUUACUUUCCACUGCUUACAAAGGAACCUGGGGUAAAUAGUUUCUAUCUCUAGACACUGACAUCAUGACAGAUGACCUCCUUCUCUUGAGCCUACAUUAAAAGCUUUUUAUUUUUGGACGGUGUAUAUCUGUUGAAGUACAGAAACUGAAAUGACUUCAUUCUCUGUUAUGUUUCUGCAACACUUAAUUGUUAUGUGCCUUAAUUGCCUAAAAUAAUUAUUUCAGUGGUUUACUGGAAAAACAAAGACAUCAACUGCUCUUCUAUGCUUUGAGGUGUUUUAGAUCACAAUAUUCAGAACUGAUUUUCCUCCCUUACCCCUCUGCUGAAGAGGACUUCUUAGGUAUGAUUGUGACAGAGUUGAGUGCUUGGAAGCUGCUGGACCUGACCAGAGCUUAGAAAACUGAAAAGUGCCAAAUCCAUAGAUUAAUGUUAGACUGUUGAAUGUCUGUCACUAGCAAAUUUCCUCUCCUUGUUUGCACUUGCUCUAGUAGAGACAGGAGGUAAGAAUUUCUGUAUGAUUUAAACUGUUGGGCCUUUAACUGAAUAUGAUGCAGUCUGUUUGGCCUAGUGUAAAGAGUGUACAUACUGUUGUAUGAAAAAGAGUCAUGUAACAGUAGAUAAUUUGUUUAAUUAUUUUUAUGAAAAAUGAUUAUGAAUUAAUGGCAGUAGCUUUAGAAAAUCUAUUAUCUGUUCUCUAUUAUUUCUUUUUCUGUUGUGUGCCCAUUGCUGAUGACAUGCUUUAGUUAAAUUAUUAUCAAUAUUAACCUGUGCUUUACUGGUGUAAUGAGACUUGCAAAACUGGUGGAGAAAAUCCAUAGAGGAGUUUUAAUAUUGGGUGACAAAUUUGGUCCUGUUCAGAGACCAACAGUUAUUCCUAAGGCUGAAUUACAAUGGAAGUUGCUGGAUAUUCACCUGAGACAACACAUUAGUAUCCAGUACAUUCUAGUGUUUGAGAAACCAGGAGAAAACUCUGGAUCCAAAUAUCUGGUGCUUAAAUGCUCACUGACAGAGAAGUAGCAAUACAGAAACAAUAAAUAAUAAUUCUGUGCUCAUUAAUUCAUCCUUGCUGAACAGCGCUGGCUAUUUUGCAAUGUGGAUUGAUUUUAUUUUAUUUUUUUUUAAUUAUCAUAUGUUGUAAUUUUCCUGAAAAGAAACACUGGUUUUGUGAUGUGUGAUAUUUACCAUAUAAAAGCACAGAUAGCAGUACUCAUUAAAAAAAUGAAAUUAACAUCUCAAUAGUGAUGUAUCAAAACUGAAUUGUUUUUUGUCCUUUUUGCAUAUCAUUAGCAUGUGGCGUUUUAUUUCUCUUUGACUGGUACUUCCAUGAAACUAUCAAAACGAGCAGUUUGCUGACAGCUGUUUUAAUGAAUGUGUUAUCUUCAAUAAUGCUUUAAAUUAGACUGAAAAGCUGUAUUGAGAGGUGAUGUACUAAAUUAUGUGGGAUUUUGUGAUUCAUCAGGCCCAUUUUCUCAAUGUGUAAUGGAUACUUUCUUUUGUAAAUCUUGGGCAUAGCUCUACAGGGGAAAAAUUCAUUCAUGCAUAUACAUAGUAGAUGGCAUCAAGACUACUGAUAUUUAUAAGUAGGAAGAGCAUCACAAGAACUGUUUCACUGUUGUACUGUAUUCUGCUGUAUCUAUGUAGGUUCUUACAGAACACUCAGUCUUUGCUUGAAGCAAAGUGACAAGUACGUUAAUAUUGUCUUCUAGUCUUUUUCCUCUUGUAAUAAAUGUCUCUGAGUUUGA